AUGGUUUCUACAAGAUCAACUCCUACAAAAGAGAAGAAGGAUUUUAUUGUUCCUGUAAAAAUGAAGCGGAAAUUAGUAAAAAAAGCUGAAAAAGAUGUUGAAGGAAGUGGUGUUGCUUCUGCCUCUGAGAAUGUCAAAGUAAAGGGAAAAAAGGUGGAUGAAACUGGUUUGAAAAAAAGGCGUUUGGCUUUUGAUGCUGUACCUGAUCAUCAGAAAGUUCAGAAAUCCUUGCAUAUUGAAGAACCAACUCGUUUGGUUCAGAACUGGGACUACUUGUUAGAUGCGGAAGAUCGUUACACUUGUAGAGUGACUAUGCCUUUAAAUUUCAAAUAUAUUGAGGACAUCAAGAAAACUCUUUCUGAUACUCAGCUGGAACUUUUCAAGAAGACAUUUCUUGGUCAUUUUUUAGACUUGUCCCCGUUGUGUAAUCAGUCUCAGCUUAUACAUUCUUUGUUGCUGCGAGAAGUGAAGCAUCCAAAUAAUAGGGAAUUGUGGUUUAAAGUUUCUGGACAUAAACUGCGGUUUAGUAUUGAUGAAUUUGCUGUGAUUACGGGGUUAAAUUGUGUUGGUGAUUUCAAUCCUGUUUCUUAUGCUCCAUUACAGAAUCAGUUGAUUGAUACCUAUUUCCCAAAUAGUGAAGUUACUCGAGAUGGAUUGGGUGUCAUAUUUCUGAACAAGGUUUUCAAGUCGGAUGAAGAUGCGGUUAAAUUGGCCGUAAUUUACUUGUUUGAGUGCUAUUUGUGCUCAAAUGAGAUUAAAUUUCAAAAUGUAAGUCGCUUUUUUAUGGAUAUGGUUGAUAGUGGGGACUAUAACUCAUAUCCUUGGGGGAUAAUGGUUUUUCGAUCUACCAUUGCUGAUAUGAAGAAGAGGUUUGCUACAAGAAGACGACUCAAGUUUUAUAGGCUUAACAGUUUCCCUUUGGCUUUGCAAAUCUGGUUCUAUGAAGUCUGCCCUUUUGCUACUAAUAAGAUAUGUUUUCCUGUUACUAAACCAAUGUUAGUUCCUCGAAUGCUAAAAUGGCUCAAGAGUCAGGACAAAUUAACAAUCAAAUAUCUGAAUGAGGCAUUUUUUGAUCAGACGCGUGAGCAGUUGAUGCUGAAGAAUAUUGUUCCUACAGCUCAAGAAAAAAUGUCUCUUGAUAUAUCUGGUUUUUUCCAAACUGGAAAGAAGAAAAUAGUUGAAGAUUUGGAUUUUUCAACUGAUGAUGACGCUAUUCUUGCUGAUUACCUCAAAUGUAAACAAGUUGAGUCUUCGAGACGAAGAAAAACAUUUAAUCUGUUGAAGAGUCGACUUAAUGGUGUGUAUUUUAAUGUUUCUGAUUACAUUUUUCAAACUGGAUAUAAAGAUGAUGCUGAUAAUGGCGAGGACGGUGAUGAUGAGUAUGAGAAAAAUGAAGAAGAGAACAAAGAUGAGGAUGAGAAAAAUGAAGAAGAGGACAAAGAUGAGGCUGAGGAUAAAAAAGAUGAGGCUGAGGAUAAAAAAGAUGAGGCUGAGGAGAAAGAAGAUGAGGCUGAGAAGGACAAAAAUGAGGCUGAGAAUAAAAAAGAUGAGUCUGAGGAGAAAGAAAAUGAGGCUGAGGAGGACAAAGAGGAUGAGCAAAAAAAUGUAGAAGAUGAGAAGGAUAAUGAUAGAAAUGAUGAUGGUGGUGUUGGUGGUGGUAAUAAGAAAGAUGAUGAUGGUGGUGUUGGUGGUGGUAAUAAGAAAGAUGAUGAUGGCGGUGAUGGUAGAUCGAUGCAUGUUGAGGUCCCUGUUGAGGAUGUAAAUCAGGUUGGUUUAGAAACAGCUGCUGGCGAGUCAGGUUGGGUUGGAAAUGGCUGA